CUAUUCAGGCAAACGCCCUCGACGUCCGUUGGCCAGGCGGUACCUACAAGUAUUCAUCAUUCGGCCCCAUCCGGACAUCCGUUCAUCAAUUUCCAGGAGCAUGUGCAAGAUUUCGCUUCGUUCCGAAAGGGCACUCAUCUAGGCUCAGGAGCAUCGGCCCGUCGACACAUCGUGCGGCCACGUUCGCGACGUUGGUUGCCAGAAUUUGCAUGUGCCGCGGCUGUUCACGAUCACGUUCUCGCAGCAGGGCCAUCGACAGGGAUCUUGGCUAAAGUCGACGUCAGUAUAACUAUUUAUGGAUGGCCGUCUCUGAACAUUAGCGUUUGCGCCAGCUCUUCUCUCUCUACCGACAUUUUCUUGCACGUUCAUUUCAGACUAUUCUCGAAAUCCUUCACGUCAUGCCGACCAACCCGGACUGGGUUAAGGCCCUGAAGCCGGCGACAGAUGGCGCGGCGUUGCUCAAGAAAGAGCGAGCAAAGUCGGAUUUGCCCGUCGAAAAACUAACCGUAUUCCUGUUUGGUGAGGAGUUCCUGGAGACGAGGCGUAACAUAUUGAAAGUGCUGCAAUCAGAGAAAAUCUUUGACAAGUCAGCGAAUUACUACUCCGGUCGGAUACAACGGUUUGAAGCCGCACUGGCUCGAGCGAAGAGACUGCGAAUGCUGGCUGUUGAGCAUGAUUGGUCCCUAGAAGAUCACAAUGUCGCAGUUGAUCUGUUGGCGGAGCCCAUUCCAUACAUGCUUCAUGGCACAAUGUUCUUGCUCACUCUCUUCAAUCAAGCCUCGGAAAAGCAGGCGGCAAAGUACUUCAUGAAAGCCAUGAAUUAUGAGAUCAUUGGAUGCUAUGCGCAGACCGAGCUUGGACACGGCAGCAACGUAAAGGGUCUAGAAACAACAGCGACGUGGAACCCCGACGACAAAACAUUCACCAUUCACUCUCCCACACUUACAGCCUCGAAAUGGUGGAUUGGCACUCUUGGUCGUACUGCAAACUAUGCAGUGGUCAUGGCUCAGCUCAUCGUGAACGGUGAAAACCACGGCCCACAUCCUUUCGUGGUACAAAUCCGCGAUAUGAAGACGCACCAACCUCUUGAGGGAGUUCAUAUCGGCGAUGUGGGUCCUAAAGUUGGGUACAACACCAUGGACAACGGCUUCAUGUUGUUCAACAACUAUAAAGUACCACAUGAAGCCAUGCUCGCAAGAUAUUCAAGGGUAGAUCCGGAGACAAACACGUAUAUCAAGCCUCCGUCCGCGGCCCUGGUCUAUGGUACAAUGACAUGGGUGCGCUCUACAAUCGUCUGGCAGGCUGGAGGAGUGCUUGCACGCGGUGUAACGAUUGCCAUUAGGUACUGUGCUGUUCGACAGCAGUUCCAAGACAAGGACUCAGAAAGCCCAGACGGCAGCGAAACACAAGUUCUCGACUACACAAUGGUAUCGUACCGGUUGUUGACAUUGUUGGCAGCAACGUUUGCUUUGCAUUUCUCCGGAAAGCUCAUGAUGGAAAUGUACCAGAAAGGACAGAGAAAUCUGAGCGAUAAAAUCAGCGAGAAAGAGAAAGAGGAGAUCCUGUCCAUGAUGGCGGACCUCCACGCCACCUCCUGUGGACUCAAGUCCCUGGCCAGCACAACAGCUGCAGAUGGACUUGAGCAGGCGAGACGAGCGUGUGGCGGGCAUGGCUACUCGAGUUUUAGCGGCAUUGGCCCGCUCUUUGCUGACUACCUCCCCAAUGUCACCUGGGAAGGCGAUAAUUACAUGCUGACGCAACAAGUCGCCAAUUACCUUCUCAAAACAGCACGAUCGGUCAGAAUGGGUUUCCCUCCCGUGAAUGACACAGCUACAAUCUUCCGCUAUUUCUAUGACCGUGCUGAAAUGGGCUGCGCCUUCGACAUUCUCGGCUCCGAUGCUGAUAUCGUCGCCGCGUUUGCAUGGCGGAGCUCGUUCCUGGCGUUCAAUCUGCUCGACAAGCGCGACUCCGAGAAGAUGGCUUGGAACGAUCUACUGGUCGACAUGUACCGUCUCUCAAAGGCGCACUCGCAAUACAUGAUAGUCAAGAACUUCUACGACACCCUAAACUCGGAGGAGACGAAGAAAUCCCUGGACGAGAAGACGUUGGAAAUCAUGUGGAAACUCUUCCGUCUGUAUUCGCUUAACACCUUGGAGUCCGAGGCCAGCGAGUUUUACGCGUCCGGCGCGGUCACGGUCAAGCAGGCCAUGUUGACUCGGCAGUCAGCCGUGAUGAAGCUUCUCAAAGAAAUCAGGCCACAUGCCGUGCGCUUGGUAGACGCAUGGGAUUUCCCUGAUUGGCAACUGGACAGUGCCCUCGGCCGAUACGACGGUAAGGUGUACGAGGACAUGUUCCGGCGUGCAAGUGAGCUCAACCCACUCAACGAGAUCACCGUUGAUCCGUAUCCGAGCUCGACUACCAUUUUCAAGAGCACCGGGAACUUGAAGAGCAAGCUAUAGAACAAGUACGUUUAUUCGUUUCACAAGUUGGCAGUGGCGACGUGGUGGAUCUAGCAUAAAGCGAUCACAUAGAUACCAUUUUAUCAUAGACUUGUAGCAUGUUAAAAAAAGAGCAUAGAAUAGUGCGGCCAUCAAACCAUCUUCUAAUGUAAAUUGAAAAAAAAA